AUGCAGGAGAUGAUUCAAGCUUUUGAGCGUGGGAGACUGUGCAAAAUGGUGCAGGAUCCACUCGGGUCUGGGGCGGGGUGCAAAAAGGGUCUCGAUUGCAAGGACCCGAUGUAUGCCAUCUGCUGCACAGAUGUCUGCGAGCUGCACGUUGCGGCGUCCUGUAGCGACUACAGCCCAGCUUGCCAGGCGCGCGUGGCUGCCUGUGAGAUGGCCAGCUUCAUGACGGACGAUGGUUUUCUCCUGGCGCAACCGACCUAUGGGGAGAACCAGAUCUUCGAUGCCCGAAGCAUGGGCGGCUACAGCAGCAUUGUGUGGAAGUUGCUGCAAGACCUCACGAGCUUGUGCUACCAGCUUGAUUGGCUCCGGAAUGACAGUUCCCUCUUGGCCAAGCUCAGCAACUACACCGGGUGCCAGAACAUCGACGAAUCCUGCCCCAAUAACCAGGCGAGCUUCGAGACAUGGCCGGCAGGUGCCGAAGCCUCUCACGGGUCGACAAAAGCAUUGAUCUCAGGUGGUGAGACGCUGGCGCGAACGAUCAUGUCAAAAAUGGCGGGAUUUUCGGCCGGGGUUACAGGAAUAGUCUUGUCUACGGCCCUCAACCUUGCAUUGUUGGGCACGUUGGGCUCUCCCAAGAAUCCGUGCACCUAUGCCCACGCAGCAGAUUGGGGGAAGUGCGUAUACGGACAGAUUGCAAAGUAUGUGGAGCAGUAUGUCACCUCCUACGUAGCCAAGGAACUCCAGCACUAUACGAACGAAGUGGCAAAGACAAGGCUGGCAGUGUGGCACUUGAAGCUGAACGACAUCAACAACAGUGUUGCAGUUGACACCCGGGAGCCAGGGCAAAACACAACAAGUAACUGGCUGGCGGACUUUAAGUUCCCAGUGCAAGCGCUGCGCUUUGACAUGGAGGGCGAGUCGAUAUUUCCGGGUGCUUUCGACCCAUGA